GCAAUCUGGCACUACAUUCGAAAAUUCACAAUAAGGACAAAUAUCACCGGUGUCCUCAUUGUUCAUCAAGGUUCGCACAGUUAUCUACUCUAAAGUAUCACAUCAAUACUCACACCGGCGAAAAGCCAUACCAGUGUAAAGUCUGUGAUAAAGCGUUCAGAGCACCAGGCGAUUUGGCAGAACAUUCGAAAAUUCACAAUAAGGGCCAACAGCGUCAGUGUCCUCAUUGUUCAUUAAAGUUCGCAUACUUGUCUAGCCUCAAGAUUCAUAUCCGCAUUCACACCGGCGAAAAGCCAUACCAGUGUGAAGUUUGUGGCAAAUCCUUCCGUUCAUCAUCAUUACUGGCACAACAUUCGAAAAUUCACAAGGACCGCACAAAGGACCAUCAGUGUCCUCACUGUUCCUCAAGGUUCGCACAGUUAUCUACUCUAAAGUAUCAUAUCAAUACUCACACCGGCGAAAAACCAUACCAGUGUAAACGGUGUCCUCACUGUUCAUCAAGGUUCGCACACUCAUCUAGCCUAAAGAAUCACAUCCGUAAACACACCGGCGAAAAGCCAUACCAGUGUAAAGUCUGUGACAAAGCCUUCUAUUCAUCAAGCGAUCUUACCAAACAUUCGAAAAUUCACAACAAGGGCGCAUAG